AUGGAGGAGCUGAAAACUCAGCAGCAGCAUCAGCAGCAGCAGCAGCAUCAGCAGCAGCAUCAGCAGCAGCUUGACACAACAGAGAAACCUGGUGUACCGAACAUCACUUUCUCGAGCUCCAUGUCAGACUACAUACUGAGGGACGAGAAUGGCAUAUCAUUGAACACUUCCAAGUUGAAGGAGAUGGACAUGAAGUUCGAAGAAAGGGAGAGGGAGUUGUUCUCCGAAGCAGAGCAGUACGAGAACCCAGCACAGAAGGAGGGAGAUUUGACGAGAGAAGAGAUCUUGGAAUACGUCGAGAACAGCCUUCCUCCCGCCAUCCAGCAGGCGGUCAAAGAGAUGGGACUCUUUGACAAGCCGUUGAACACCGGCGAGAGCGAUGGCCGUGAGGGCGAGCAUGACAAUCUCAAGUCCAUGAAGGAGCUGUUGAGGGUUGCGAUAGAGGAGAGCGCUCGAAAAAAAUUGUCAGACCAGCAGCUCAAAGCUCGGAGGUCGCUGGGAGAGAAGUUUUUCAACCUCAAGGAAGAUGAAGCUCCGAUGGGAUUUGCGAACAUUGACGUGAGGGGCAUAGAAGAAGAAGAUGACGAAGAGAAGAAGAAGAUGACGAUGCGGAGGACGAGGAUGGGGAUGAUGAUGGAUAUGGCGAUGAUCGAGAUGAUGAUGAUGAUGAUCAUGCUUAUGAUUUACUUGGCGAAAAAUUUCAAAAAGACAUCUGACAUCUUCAACUCUCAAAUUCCGUUCGAUCCAAGCAACAUCGCUGCUCCUUUCUUGCUGGAUCUUGAAGACGAUGAGGAAGUGGUCCGAAAGAAAGCAGAAGAAUUCCAGAAAGAGAUAUCUUCCGAGGAGGAGGAGGGUAUGCCGGAUGAUGACGAAGAUGGGAAAGUUAAGGAGACAGCGGAGGAGAGGACAGUAAAGGAGCAAGCAAAGGGGAAGGAGGAGAAGGAUGAUGAUGAUGAUGAUGAUGAUGAUGAGGAGGAUGAAGAGGUGGUAAAUCAAAGGAUCCUAGACAAGGUCCUGAGACCGAGGAACCGAGGUCGGCCGAAAGCAUACGAGGUGGACGAUGUCUACAAGAGCAUGAAGGAGGAGGAAGAGGAGAAAAAGAGGAAGCAGGAGGGAGUCAAGCUGAGAGAGGGAGGGAACAGGCCCGAGAUGGAAAAUUCUGAAGAAACAAACGUGGACGCUCGAGAGGCGCUGAACAUCAAACCUGGAGCGUCUGAUGAAGAGAUUCUAAAAGCAUUCGAGAAGAAGAAGGCGAUGUUGGGGCUUGGCGCGGAGGGAGAGUUGGAGGAUGUGGAGAAGGAGCAGCGAGGGAGUGAUGAGGAUCCGGAGCAGAAACUCUUUGACUUGCAAUCUGUCAUCAAGGGAGGGACGGUGCCUCGUUGGAUGGAGAAGAAGGAGGAGGAGGACAACUGGGAGGAUGGGACAGCUCUGAACGAGCUGAUUGCGGAGCAUCUCAUCAAGGUAGGGCAAGACCAGGGCAUCGCUCCCGUGGUGGAGCUGCUGCGAUCGGCAGAGGAGACGGCCCAGCAAGGAGCAGCAGCAGCACUAUGGUCUCUCUCGGUGACCACCGAGAACAAGAUCAAGAUCGUGGAGAGGGGCGGCCUCCCCCUCCUCAUUCGCAUGCUGCGAAGUGCCGACGAAGGGAGCCAGGAGCAGGCUGCUGGGUGUUUGUACUCGCUCUCGGUGCUUGCAGAGAACAAGCUCAGCAUCGUGCAGGAGGGAGGGCUCUCUCCGCUCAUAGGGCUGCUGAACUCCCCCAACCCGGAGGAAGAUCCGCUGUCAGAUCCGGAAACUGGGGGAACUUUGCCGGUCCCUGACGUUGUCGACGGAUGGAUCGAACCGCUCCCUGAAGAUCAUCCCUGGAUGAUUGAGAUCAGGAAAGAAGAGGAAGAGAAGAAAAAGCAAGGCAAUACAGACGAUCUUGGAGUUCUCGAGAGGUUGGAAAAGGACAAAGAUUUCAGAGAACGGGCGAAAUAG